AUGCCAUACACCGGCAAAACGCUGAUUCGCAUCGUUCGGAACACUACUGACUACUCCAAGCACGUCGCCCACCGUCCCGUCCCAUCGCUCGGCAACACUUCCGCGGUCGACAAGCUCCUGUCCAAUCCGCGAUGGAGCAUCGCAAAAAGCUACACCACCUGCUCCGGCUCUGCGCCCUCCCCCUCCCCAUCACCCCCGCCGCCCGAAUCCCGCCUCCUCAGCGACCUUAAUUCUCAGGCCCAUUUCGUCAACCACCUCUCCUCCAUUGACACACACAACGUCCCCCCACUCGUCGCCAUCCGCGACGAAACACUCGCGCACCGCGCAGAAACCACCAUCGGUCUGGCCCAAGUACAGCCGUGGCUGGAUCUGGAGGACAAGGUUGGGCGGAAUGGAACGGUGAGGAGGCGGAAGACGGAUGUAAAGGGGGCGCUGGAGGAGAUGGAGGCAAGGAAGAGGGAGGAGAGCAGGGAGGUGGAUGAGGACGAGAGGAUCUUCAAGUGGCCGGUGCUCAAGGCGAGUGGGCAGGAGGAAGGGAGGAGGUGGGGUGGGUAUUAUGUUGUGCGGCGGGGUGUCAAGAAGGAGGUGGACGGGGUUGGUGGCGGUGCUGGUAGCGCUGGUGGUGAUGGCGGUUGA